UCUGCUGAUUGCAGCAGUAGUGAUAGUGUCGUCUGGUCUGUGCCGGCAGAGAAGUGGCGUAACGCAGGGCGGUUGGAUUCUAACGUCAGUGAAGUGUUGCUGAUUUGUCUGUGAAAGUUGAUGAAGUGUACUUAAAGUCGCGUGAUUAUUAAAAUGUCACCGAAAGAAGUAAAAAUAGUCCCAAGUGAAGAAGAAGUAAUCAAAACACUCUGUGAAUUAAUUCAAGACAUUGCCAGAACGGCGAUACAGCGAGACGAUGUUUUCAAAGUUGGAUUGUCAGGUGGAUCUCUUACAAAAUUCCUUACGGUUGGUCUCCCGAAAAUUGAAACAGAUUGGGCGAAGUGGAGACUAUUUUUUUGUGACGAGAGGGUUGUGCCUGUUGAGAGCGCGGAUUCAACUUAUGGGGUUUACAAGAGUUCUCUAAUUGGGACCGUACCUCUUACCGAGGAGCAGUUCAUCAAAAUCGAUCCACACUUAACAGCUGAGGAAGCAGCAAAAGACUACAUUCAAAAAAUGGCAGUGCAUUUUCCUCCAGAUUCACUACCUAGGUUUCAUUUGUUGUUGCUUGGAAUGGGACCAGAUGGGCACACAUGCUCACUUUUUCCUGAUCACAGACUUCUGGAGGAAACCUCAGUGUGGGUGGCACCCAUAACUAAUUCACCUAAACCACCAGCCUCAAGAAUUACUUUAACAUUUCCUGUGGUGAACAAUGCAGAGUGCUGCAUUUUUGCCCUUACUGGUGCUGGCAAAGCAGACAUUGUCAAGCGUGUCCUGAAAGACGAAGAGCCUCUGCCAGCUGCUAGAGUGAAGCCAACAGAUGGGAAGCUUUACUGGAUUCUUGAUAACAGUGCUGCUGCACAUAUAACGGAUAUGUGACUUAACAAUGAUGGUACACCCUGGUACUCGUGCUGUACUCAAUUUGCUCACAUCACCUAUUUUGUAAAAUGAGAUAAACCAAAGGAUGAACUGAUAUGACAAAGAAAUGCAACUGAAACAUGUCAUGCAGAAUUUUUUUAAUAGUGUUGAGAGACUGGUGUAAUUUUUGCCUAUUGAUAUAUAAGCUAUUACUCACAGCUUGGGGGAGGAGGAGGUAUGUGGUAAGUGCUUACUGUAGAAGUCUGUUCUAUUAAGUUUUGUUUCAUUUCAGAGAAAUAUGUGAAAUUGCAUUGACAUCCAAAAACAGUCAGAAAUUCAGCAUAUUGUUGAAUGUCAUUUGGGGAAAUGCUUGAAAUACAUGAGGGCCCACUUAUCUCAAUACCUGUGAUAGUUACAUAAGAAGUAGCAUUUAUAACUUUAGUAAAGGAGUAACAUUUUGACACAUUACUGUGUUUUAUACGAUAUCUCCAUUCUUACUUUUUACCAACGUGUUAAUUGUACUUUUCCGUGUGUGUGUGUGUGUGUGUGUGUGUGUGUGUGUGUGGUUUUUUUGAGAGACCAGCUUUGUGGCCAUGAUAAGACAACUGCUUCCAGGGUUACUGGAAUGCUUUAAGAACACUUUAUACCAUAUCAGCAGGCAGCAUGAAAGUUCAGACGUACAUUUAAGAAUUUAUAUAAAUCAGCUUGUUAUAUUAAAAGUAUUUCAAUUUUUCAGUCUGAUUGACGGUAGAAGUGUCCUAAAAGUUAAUGUUCCUUUUUGUAAUAAUGCAUUUCCUCAGCUUUUUAUAAAUUUGUUAUCUUCGUAUGCAAGUGUAGAUUUUCAGUUUUGUUCUUUGUCAUCUAGUGAAGGAAAUGGUGCUGUUUCGUUCUGUUUAACAGCAUUAAUACAUUAUCCACGAGAUGGAUUGUCUCUAACAAACAAAGAUCUACAUGUAUUGAAAGACUGUGACAUAAAUAAUUAGGAAUAUUAUCUAGAUAAUGUCAGGUAUAACAUUUCUGUGCUUUUUCUUUUUGUACAGCUUUUGUGUGUGUGUGUGUGUGUGUGUGUGUGUGUGUGUGUGUGUGUGUGUGUGUGUGUAAAAUUUUUCUGUAUGGUAACACAAAGCAGGAAGCAAAUAAGGUCAGUAAGCAUGAGAUUACUUUGUUGAGGGAAGGGGAACUUUUCAGUGUGUAAAGUAAAGUAAACAAUAUGAUGUAGUUGCUUUCAUAGUCAACUUGCUCGGUUAUCAUCACAUAAACGGCAAGCAUUUAUUUUAAAAUUUCCACAAUGAAGUUUGCAUAUCAUUCCUGUUGCUGGAAGGAACUGGACUGAGUUGUAGAAAAAUCUCAUGGACUAUCCAUUUCAGAGAGUAUUGGAAUACUUAUUUUUUUCAGUCUCUGUUACCACAAUGUGUUGUAUAAUUAUCUGUUAUGUGAUCUCUGUGCCAUUUCACUUUGUUCUCUCUCUCUCUCUCUCUCUCUCUCUCUCUCUCUCUCUCUCUCUCUCUCUCUCGACAAAACUUGGAGUUUGAUAUUAAGUAGCUUUUCGUAUAGAUUGUGAAUGGUUUGGUGUAAAGUCAUCUUUGUUGAAUAUGCUUGCAUUUAAUCUUCCACUACCGUUAGUGAUAUUAAGAGUUAUUUUACCUGUUGUUUUUCUGUGAGAGAAUUCAGUCUGACUUUGCAAUAAAGUAAAAGCAGCCAAGUAUGUACUGUUUCUUUUUUUAAAUUUAGUGUCACAAUAUUAUUUUUUCCAGAAAUAUUGUAGUACUGUAUUUUUAAAUAAUGUUGUCUGCAGACAGUUACCAAUAUGUAAUUCGUGUAACAGAUAUUGUUGUUUAUGGUUUCAGUGAACUACAGUUCAAAAUAUUUUCUUACACACUACUAAAUUCAGCUUUCAUGUGCCAUAUUUUAUGACAGAGAUGCAGUAUUUUUAAUUUGUGUUCUGGAUGUAGUAAACUGGUGAUGUAACAUAGCAUGAAACUAAUGUCAUAAAUCAUUUGCUUUAGAGAUAAUACACAUGUUGUAUAGCCUGAAAAUUUGUGGGCAAAUGCUGCAGAACAUGUCUCAGAUUGUACUAGAAUUGUGGUGUGGUGAUUUAAUGUUUACUUGUUGUAUAGACUGUUCUUCAUAAUUUGUUCAACAAUAAAACCAAGAUUUUAUAAUUUA